AUGAAUUGGCUACGAACUAAAAUAUUUAUAAUGUGGAUAAUUUUUAUUAUUUAUCUAUUGAAAUUUAUUGAUACAUCUUCAUCGAUACAGACAAUUAAAGUACGUGAAAAUGUUAAUGUAACAUUAACAUGUCGUCUCUAUAGUGGUCAACGACAAUCUCAACAACAACGAACAAUGUCAUUAAAAGCGUUAAUAUCACCAUCAUCAGAAGAUAUUAUUCUAUGGUAUAAAGAUGAUACAACUGUUAUUGGUGUCAAUUCAAUAUCGAAUGAUCCAACAAAUUAUACUAUACAACAAUUAGAUUCUGAAACUUAUGAAUUAACUAUAUUGAAUGUUCAAUUGGAAGAUACUGGUGAAUAUAAAUGUCAAAAUUUUACAGCAAAAGAAGAAAAUCGUUUUCAAUUAACGGUCAUUGUACCACCAUCUCGACUUCGUUUAAAUUCAUUACCAUCACUUCCUGUUCAUGAAAACACAUCAGUAUUAUUCAAUUGUACAAGUGAUCGUGCCUAUCCGACUCCAACAUUUGAAUGGUAUAAAAAUGAUAAAUUAAUUCAAAGAUAUUCUGGAAAUCAAACCGGUCAAUUUACCAGUUAUUCAGUGAUAUUGUUGAAAUUAACUGUUGAUGAUAAUUCAAAUGUUUUACGUUGUCAAGUAUCAAAUGAAGCUAGUAUACAAGAUACAAAUAUUGAAUUGAAACUUGAAGUAUUUUUUAAGCCGAUCGUCAAUAUAUUUUGGAAAACAAAACAAGUUCAACGUACAUUAACCGUUAUCGAAAAUACAUACGAUGUAAUUCAAUGUUCAAUAAUUGCUAAUCCGUCUCUAAAUAGUAUUGAGUGGUUAAGAAAUGAUCAAUUAUUAAAAGGUCAAAAUCAAGAUCAAUUAUACUCUAAUUUUACUCAAUUAGAUGGAGGAAAAUUAACGUGUCGUGUAAGAAAUACCGUUGGCAUCUCUGAAGCUAGUAUCAAUGUGGAAAUAUUGUAUAAACCAAAAUUGUCUCUUCAACCAAAAAUAACGUUAACUCAAGGGGAACGAUUAAGUUUAAAAUGUUUAAUUGAUGCUAAUCCAUCGUGUCACAAUAUUCGAUGGUUCCAUUUUGAUCAAGAAUUAACCAGUUUAUCAUGUUCAACAAAUCAAAAUUUUAGUGAAUAUACGAUACCCGCUGUUUAUCGACUUCACUUUGGAAAAUAUACGUGUGAAGUAAAAAAUUGGUUAAAUACCGGCACAGAUCGUAAAGAAGCAGUAUCAAAUGUGUCAUCUGAUGUAUGGAUACAAUAUGCACCAUUUAUUUUGAAUAAAGAGAAAAAGUUUGCUGUGAUCAAUGGACGUGACAUAGUGUGUGAGUGCACUGUUGACGCAUUUCCAAAACCAGAAAUUAGUUGGUACGCACCGAAUGGACAACGAUUAAGUUCAUUUACAGAAGAGAAUAGUUUAAAUGCCACAGUGAUUGUUAGCCAACUUCAUCUUCCACCGUCAUAUUCAUCCAUGUUAGGAGUAUAUCGUUGUCAAGCAAAAAAUGCGUUUGGUCAACAUGACUAUUCUAUUCAAUUUCAACGACCAGGAAUCCCAGAUCCACCAUUUGCAUUACAAAUUGUCAAUCUUACUCAUUCUUCUUUCGCUGUCAGUUGGACAGCUGGCUACGCUGGUGGUUCACCUCAAACAUUUUAUGUUCUAUUGAAUGGAAAUCAAACUGAAGAAAAACGAACGAGUGUCACUCAUCUACGUUUUACAGAUCUCAACGAAAAAACGAAAUAUUUUGUCAAAAUUCGUGCGAAAAAUAUGUAUGGUUUUAGUGACUAUUCAACAAGUACAAUAGCUCUUACCAAUGAAUCUCCCGUCCGAGCUAAAGACUUUCCAUCAAUACAACAAGCAUUUUAUACUGUCGAUCGUAGUCGAAUACGUUUUCAUUUGGACUCAAACACAUUGUUAUUUCAAAAUCAACAAUUAUGUAUUAAACUCUAUAAUGCUCGCUCAAGUGUUUCUUCGUCCAAUGACGAUACUGAUUAUGUUGAUAGUGGAGAUAGUAGUGCUGAUGAAAACAUUUCAUGUACUUUAUUGGAUAAUACUAUUCAAUCAGACGGUAUACCAUUAACAAUUAAAUAUGUUGAUUUGCGAAUGAGAUUAUGUUUAUACAAUCAAACUGAUGUGUGUUCAUAUCCAGUACAAAUUCCCACUGGUGUAGCGUUAUCAGGAGAUUCAUCGGAACUUAUACUAAUUCUAACUGGUGCAAUUGUUGGCUUAUGCGCUAUUGCUUUACUGAUUGUUGUUACUGUUUGUUAUCGACGACACAAGAGGAAACAAAGCAGUUCAACAGAUGCACUGAAGCCACAUACUCAAACUUAUCCAAAUACUAAUUUUGAAAAUUUUCAUGCAACGCCAGUGAGAGUGUUAGAUGGUUCAAAUACAAAUGCAUGUCUAUAUUAUCCUCAAACAACAGGAAAUGAACAAAAAACAAAUGGCAAUAAUGCAUUUUAUCAUCAUAAUCAAAUUGAAGAUUUCAAAGGUGUUUAUUCAAUACAAGAUGUUAUCACAACAGGUUUUGCCAGUGUUAAACGAGGCCUGAAAUCCAGUUCAGAAAAAAACUCCACGUGUUUUGACUCUGGGAUGCCUAGUACAAGUAAUUCCGAUUCAGCUGUUUCACAUUCAAUAUCUGAACUUGAUGGUGAGUUUUACGAUCGUCCUGAAGUCGAACAAUUAGUGACAGUAAGGAAAAAAAGUAUACCUGAUGUGGCUGAUGUUCAACAAUUUUUACAUAAAUUAACUGUAUCAUCAGACACAACAACAUCAACAGCACAACGACAAGUCGUCUAUGCCACGGGACGAGCACAAACCAAUUCGAAUUUGACGUCAAGAAUCUCAAGCGAAGAGGAAUCAGGUUAUUCAACGCCAACUAAAGGAAAGAAACUUGUAUAUGAAGUUGUCGUCUAA